GUGAUCGUGUAGUUGAGUCUGAAGGCUCAGAGCUGCGUGUUUCUGGCAGUAAGGACGCAGCAGCGUGUUUAGAGUUAUAGUUACGGUACUGUCCGCUCCGGUUCCGCCAUGCUGGCUGUUAACAGUCAGUACUGGAUCCAGAAAUGCGCGUUAUCUCGGUACUGUAGCGGCGUGCUCGCGGUGCUGAGCGGGUUAAAACCCGAACCCCAGCAGCAGCAGCAGCAGCAGAAAAGCCGGCCUGGAGUCCUGAACUUCCACAGCUCUGCUGUUCAGAACAGAAACCUACUGAUGAAGAUGCUGGAGAAAAAGAAGAAGAGAAGGUGGUAUGAAACACCUCAGCCUGUAAUCACUACUCAGUCUGCUUUUCUGACACCGGUGAAGAAGAAGAAGGACCAGCAGGACAGUCGGCGAGUGAGGACACUUAACAUUAUCGUCUACAAAGCAGUUGUGGACCUGCUGUCCUCUCACGAGAUCAAUGCAGAUCUCCACAGUUACAGUGUGGAGAUUACCAAGGUUUCAUUCACAGCUGAUUACACUUCUUGUCGAAUUUACUGGAAAACAAGCUGGUCAGAGGAAACGGACCUUAAGAUCCAGCAGCUUCUGGACAGAAGUGCUCCUCGCAUACGAUACCUCAUCAUGUCGCUGCAAAUCCUGGGCAAUGUUCCCCCAUUAACUUUUGUUCGGGAUAGAAAAUACGCUGCUCUGAAAGAGGUGGAAAACCUGCUCGAGAUUGCUGAUUAUGGUCCACGGGAGGAUGAUCUGAGUUUUGCUGGAAAAGAUGCUGACACAAGAUUGCACACUACAGACCCAGUGGAGAAGAAGAAAGCACUGUGGCUCAACAUUGAUCAGGAUGCUCUGUAUAAACAGAUCGAGGACUAUAAACAGCGCUCAAGUGUCUCUUCUUCAGAAAUCACCAGCUCACCUGGAUUAACUCAGGAACAGCUGGACUUGUUAGCAGAGAUCCGUAAGCAGAAGCUGAUUGAGAAAAAGAAGAGGAAGUCCAAGAAGCUGAAAGAUGAUUAUGAUGAUGAUGAUACGUCUCCUAAAGCUUUCCUGAUCGCGAGACAGCUGGAGCUGGAGGAGCAGAAGGAGCAGGAGAAGGAGGAACAGCACAGGGACCAGGAUGUAGAAAACAGCGAGGUUUCAGAACUGAUAAAUGAUUACGACAGAAAGCACUGAAACAUCUGUAGAUUUCAGUGACUGUGUAAUACAUUUUGUCUGUGGCAUUUAAUUUUA